GUGACAUUGUGGGACAUGGUUGUUUAAAGGAAGUUGUUACUCUGUUUUAUCUAGCCAGUGUAUGCAGUGCAAUAUACAAACGAGUUUUCACUUAAUUUUCACAAUGAAUUCAAUUAACAGGCUACUUCGCAAGACUAGAACUCUGUUAACUGCAAGCCUUAUUCAAAGAUCGUUUACUUCGGUGACUGAUGGAGAAGUAAGAAUUUCACAGCUAUUGAAAGAGAAGUUCCCCCAGGCUGCAUCUCUUAAAGUAGUAGAUAUUUCAGGUGGCUGUGGAUCCAUGUAUGAAAUCCAUAUAGAAUCUGAAGAAUUUAAGGGAAAAAAAACAGUACAGCAACACCAGCUGGUCAACCAGGCAUUGAAAGAUGAAAUUAAAGCCAUGCAUGGACUCAGAAUAUUUACUGCUGUUCCUAAACAAUAGGAUGAAAUACGGACUUGUGAGACUGAGAAUGUCCUGCUUGGAUAAUGGAUAUGCCAGAGGAGGCCGAAAGCAGUGAAGACAGAAUAACAGUUGAAAAAAAUGCCCCAUAAUUCCACUUUCAUUUUUUUUUUUGGGGGGGGGGGGGGGAACGACACACUGAGAGAAUUUAGCAUGACAAUGACAAAACGACGUUAAAUACAAUAUUUUAUUCACUCAAAUGGGCGUCUGAGUUUGUAGACUUGUUUUCUUUACCGGUAUUAAAAGAAAUCGGGAAGAAAAUGCUAAAGGUCUUUACUUCAAAGUGCACUUUGCACUGUUUUUAGGGAAAUGUCUGCUUUAAUGCUAAUUCAGUCCACUCCUCCUGAUAUUACAGUAUCUUUGUGAACAACACCACGUACACUAUUAUGAGGGCACACUGAUAUUGUCCUAUACUCUACUGCAUAGGGUUUGGUCUGGGUGUCAUACAACAUUGAUUCAGGUAUGACAUGAGCUGCAAAAUACUGAUAAUAUUUGGAUAGGUAACAGCUGGGGUUUAAACAGUUCAUUUGUCAUCCUCGUCUUGUGAUUACCCAGUUCUGUU